UCCGAAGAUGUAUUCUAAUAUCAGGAUAAAAAUGUAUUGAACAAUUUAGAUUUCAUUCGUCACCAUUUUUAGUGUGUGACGUCACAGUUUCUUGCCCUGGAAUAUUAUUGUGCGAAUUUCCCGGCAUGCCCCGAUAACCCCACCCAGCGUCAGAUUUGUGUGUGCUAGCACUGUGUCUAAUGUCGGCACCAACACCGAAUCCGACUUCAUGUUUUGUCGUGUGAAUUUAUCGAAAGGGCAGCCUUUCUGCGCCCUAUAGCCCUUACUAGGGGCUGGAGUCGGCAGAAAGAUUUGCUUAUUAUUCGUUUUGAUGUUGGAUAUAUCGUUUGUGGUUGAAUUUUUGCUUCAAACUGGCAAAAUUAGCGACGGUUGUUGACAGCAUGGGGUGCUUUCGACAGACCAGAGACGAUGAAGAUGACAAACUAAGAAAAGAAGCCAACAAGAAAAUUGAAAAACAACUAGCUAAAGAUAAAUUGACAUACAGGGGAACUCAUAGGUUGUUAUUGUUAGGUGCCGGAGAAUCAGGGAAAUCUACAAUUGUAAAACAGAUGCGAAUUUUGCAUGUCGAUGGAUUUGGUCCCGAAGAAAGAAAACAAAAAAUAGAAGACAUUAAACGAAAUGUGAGAGAUGCCAUUUUGACAAUAACAGGUGCAAUGCCCUCAUUGAACCCUCCUGUACAAUUGGAGCAUCCUCAGAAUAAAGCAAAAGUGGAUUACAUUCAGGAUAAAGCCAGUGGUCCUGAAUAUGAUUACCCAACGAUAUUCUAUGAAUAUACUGAAAUAUUAUGGAAGGAUAAAGGAGUACAACAAGCUUUUGAAAGAUCCAAUGAAUACCAACUGAUUGAUUGUGCACAGUAUUUUUUAGACAGAGUUCACAUCAUCAGACAACCAGAGUAUACACCAUCAGAGCAAGAUAUACUCAGGUGUCGUGUGUUAACAUCAGGGAUAUUUGAAACUAAAUUCAGUGUUGAUAAAGUCAAUUUUCACAUGUUUGAUGUAGGAGGACAGAGAGAUGAAAGACGCAAAUGGAUCCAAUGUUUCAAUGAUGUGACUGCUAUCAUUUUUGUCACAGCCUGCAGUGGCUACAACAUGGUUUUACGAGAAGACGCUACUCAAAAUCGGCUGCGAGAAUCCUUAGAUCUUUUUAAAAGUAUUUGGAACAAUAGGUGGCUGAGAACAAUAUCAGUGAUUUUGUUCUUAAACAAACAAGAUCUUUUAGCAGAAAAAGUUAAAGCUGGCAAAUCAAAGAUAGAAGAUUAUUUUCCUGAAUAUACCAGAUAUCAGGUGCCACCUGAUGCUGCUACAGAACCUGGGGAUGAUCCAGAGGUAGUAAGAGCAAAGUACUUUAUUAGGGAUGAGUUUUUGAGAAUUAGCACAGCAAGUGGUGAUGGGCGGCAUUAUUGCUACCCUCAUUUUACAUGUGCGGUUGACACAGAAAAUAUCCGUCGAGUGUUUGACGACUGUAGAGAUAUCAUCCAGCGAAUGCACCUACGACAAUAUGAGCUUCUGUGAUUUUUUGCCAGCUCAAUGGCUGAACUACUAUUUUGUGAUGCAUCUCUGCUUUUUGUUGGCCGUAUGUGUGGUCCUGUAUGUGUGAUUUCUUGGAUUGUACGCCGCCGUCUUGGAGGAUGGAAGCAGAAGGGCUGGCUGUGAAAGAAGCUCGGCGCUUCCUGUGACUCUCUUCCGUCCCUCUCCUUUGCCUUGCCAAACAGCUGGAAACCUCAUGUAGUAUAUUAAGAUUAAGAAGCAGCUCUGGGGUCUUUCAUGGCUACCAGUGUUAAUGGCAAGGCUGAGGGCUAAUUCUAUUAACUGACAAUAUUGCCACUGCAAUAGCGGUGAGGCAUUGCGAAACAUGAUGUGAUAUAUGUGAUAGUAUGGCAGUAAUGAGCUGUCAAGAACUGUGCUAUCAAAGAAGGCACAAAAAUCAACAUACAACAAUCCCUAUCAGAGCUAGUGCUCUCUUCACAUUGAGACAGGAGGUGCGAGAGUACAAGGCAACGUUUUGUGCAGCUUUCAGUUAAUGUUAUCUUGUUCAUUGUGGGGAUCUGAAAAAGUGUCUGGUUUAUGGAUGGUUAGGUCAAUGCUCAAUCUACUUAGAACUAAAGAUUUGAAAGACAGCCAGCCAAUAGGACCUUUUUGUUUAAGUUUUCAUUGUCUGUGAAUUUGUGGACAGUAUAGCCUAACACAAAAGUUAAUUCUUUAAAUGCAUCCACAUUUUAAAAAAUCUUUGAAAAUUAUGUACAUAAUAAUGUAUUUGGUCAUCAAAAUAAUUAUCUAUUUAGAGAAUUUUUUUAAUGCAUGCUAAAACACCAGCCAGCACAAUCAAAUGACAGUUACUCCUCACUCAUCUCAUUUCUAAUACCCUUUUGUAUUAUCCUUGGGCUUGAUUCAGCAUGAGCAAUAAUAAAGACUACAAGUUGAGUAUCUAUAAGCCAGCUUAUAACUUACAUAUUACUCAGUAGUCCCUACCACAAAUAUAUAUUCAUAAAUAAUUUUCCUGAAAUUUUAACAAUCUAAAAAAAAAAGUUAUCUUUAAACUUUUCAGAUAUUGAUCUACUUACCACAUCCACAUUGCAUACCUUUUAAAAAACCUAUUAUAAUAUAUUAAAACUAAUUUUGCAAGGAAAACUUUCAAAAAGAGCUUCCAUUAAGCUUGGCUUGUGUAUUUAUUCUUAUUAGAGUAUUUUCCCCCACUUAAUAUCUUAAAAUAAUUGCCUAUUACCAAGUUGAGACUUUCAGAAUCUGACCUAAAUAAAAUAGUUGCAAAGACCUCAGUAGUAAAUAAAUAAUUGAGAGGGUUUCAUGCAGAAAGUAAAAUUAUGGUGGGAUUUGUUUUCUAUUUCUUCAUGCCUACAUUUCCACAAGGAAUUUUUGGGCUAAAUUACCAAAUGACCAGUGUAGGUAUUCUUGUAGUUUCUGUAAAAUAUUUGCUCUUGUUGUUUCCAGUUUAUUGUUUGUUUUCUCUUGGUUUUGUUUUUGGUUUAAAUUAGUAUUGAUUCUUUUGGAAUCUUAAAAAAGACAAAUGUAAUAUAUAUAUUAAAAAUAUAUAUAUAUACAGUUGAUGCAUGUUAGGUGAUUGUCUGGGCUUUACAGAAUUAAUGAUAAUUUGUCAAUGUGGUGUGACUGCUGUUCAAAUAUUUAGCCAGUGGAGAGUUCACAGCACUUGUGAUUUUGUUUUAAACUGUCUGUUCCAAGAAUAGGAUCUUUUUUAAAAUUCUGUUUGAUGGUUUCAUUGUUUGCAUCAUAUAAAUAAUGACGAAUGCCUGCCAAAUAGCUGGUAUGUGUGUAUCAUUUUAAACUGUCAUUUUUCAAAUUAUCAUAAUUUUUUUGUAAACUGGAAAAAAAAUGAUUUAAAAAAAAUUAAAAUAACCAACCUUCCUCUGGACAUUCAGUUUGUCCACAUGAAACUGCUCAGCUGGAUUUUAUCAUAUUAUAUGUUUGCUGUUUGUUUGAUUGUUAUCGUUACAUUGGUUUACGAUUGUUAAAAUUUGGAUUAACUUUAAAUAUUUUAAAUAAAUGCAUUUUUAGAAUUGGAAAAAAAAAUUGCUGGUUUUUAAACAUUGAAGUUAAGAUUUUAUUUAAAGAAUACAUAGAGCAUGAUAUAUUUAUAAAAGUUUAGGUUUGCCCUAUUGUCUCUCAGCAAACAAAGGACAUAUGGUGCAAUCACAUUUUGUUUGCUUUAGUAAAUCGAAAAAGAAUGAUAAAAUGUGAUGUACAUAUUUCUAGAUCUUAAAUUAGUGAACAACAUGGCACCAAUCAAUUUCUUAUAAGAUUUAGAAUGUUUCUUUAGUGCCUGCCUUUGUAUAAGGAACAUUUUGUUUUUGUUUCCUAAAUAUACCAGGAAUAUAAUCAAUUGUAAUGUGUAGCCAGCUAUUUAAUGUGGCCCAUUCUGCAAAUUGUUGAUAUGACUACCAUGUAUACAAAAUUCAAAUAAAGUUUUAUUUUAGGAUUAACAAUACCUAUGUAAGGACCAAUGCAAUGCUAUCUUUCGCACAAGUAAAACUAUGAUCCUUAGAUUUAACAAGAAGUCAUUUAAUUUUCAUUUUGGGGGAAAUACUACCAUUUCAGUUAAACUGAACUUUCCCCAAGUGAAAUUUGUAAACUAUAGAACAAAACUAUUUUUUAAGUUUUAGUCUAAAUAUUCCAGAAAUAGGCCAAAUCUAAUACUUUUCUUUGAAAUUUGUAUUAUAAUUAUUUUUAGCAUAUCAUGUACAGCAGUGACCACAACAGCCAAUAGUAGUGAUAAUGAUGGACUGUCAUGUUUUAAUGUCAGCUAGUUCAUAAAAUAAGGUGUCUACUUUUGACCCUUAGUUGAAUGACCAUGUUACUUUUGUAUUACAGACUGCAUGUACACUACUUGAUACUGUCAGUGCAUAUAGCUAUGCUGAUGUUGUGGAAGUAGAUUAUAUUUUUCUUAAAAUAUUUGUAUGAUUGAAUUAUCUAAGAUUUUUGGAAGAAAUGGUCUAGCAAUUUUUUAAUAGAAUGACUGCAAAGUGUAAAUACUACACUUUAAUGAAUGUUAACAUUUGUAUAGCUAGAUCAUUUUAACAGUGGUUACUUUGAUGAAAAUAAAAUACAAUAGUGGCCUGUUAAUAGUGGAGUAUGUCACCAAUGGUAGUGCUGUUACCUCACAUUCACUGUGAAAAAUGUAUGUAAUAAAACUGUAUUUUUUUUAAAUGAGUGCUUUGCAGAUUUAAAUAUGUUAUAGAAAUUUCCACUAACCGCUGAUUUGUCGUAAUGUUUCAGCAGAGAGAUAGAUGCCUUUGACCAUGUUUAAUUUAAGAACAUUUGUGUUAUGUAAUAUUAAGUUAAGUGUGUACAUUGCUACCACUGGUUUAGUUUGUUUUGUGUAGUUUGAAAUUAUUAGUAUUUUUUAUUACAAUAUAAUCAACAAUUGUACUGAGUUAUUUUCUUUUUAGAUAUGUGACAAGUCUUUGACUGUUAGUGUUAACUUUUAAAACCAUUCUUUAAAUGUUCACUUUUAUAAGAAAAGAAAAAUAAUUGGUGAAAAAGCCAGUUACUUUUUGGUUUUGUUUUAUUUGAUACUUUCUUGAUUUUUCUUUGGUUUUUAAAUUAGGACUUGAUUACAAGUCAGUAGUUAAUUUAUUUAUUUUUUUUUGUUACCUAAUGUCCAUGUUUUAUUUGAAUUUCUAACAAAAUGAAAUUUUUUUUUAAUUUGAACAUUUAACAAAACGUUUCUUUAAAUCAAAUUUUCUGUGAUACUGCCUAGAGGUGUCACAUGUUAAACACCAUGCUGAUAAUCCUGUUCAAAACAGAAAAUCAAUUGUAGCCACUUCAGCUUUCUUACCUUCAUAAGUUUUACAAGUUAGUGGACAUAUGAUUUUAAUUGUUUAAAAUAAGAUACUGCCACUAUCUAAUCAGGCAGUGUGCAUGAAUUUUCAGUUUACGGAACCUCCUAAUUUAUAGAAAAUUCUCUGUUAGCUGAAAACCCAAUAAAACAAAAUACAAAUAGCUAACUAAUUCCAAAAUGUGUACAUUUAAAGGGGAAAGGGGCACUUGGCUAUUUUUUUUUACAGAAUAAUUUAUUGAGAAAUUUUUAUUGAUUAGUAGUUUAAAAAGAGAUUACCAUAACAAUAACAUACUGCUAUUCUUGUAUUUAAAAAAAAAAUUAGUUUCCCGGUGUGUAUGAAAAAACUGGCGCACAAUCAUUACUGUAACAUUUCUGUUUGAGGUUUUCAUUUGGUUGAGUUUUUUUUAUGGUUUUCUUAGCUGCUGUUCAAAGUUCAUUUGUGAUGCCUGUUGUGGCUUGUUGAUUAAACUUAUUGGGUUGUUCUUUACCAUUCUAUUAUAUUUCAUCAGUGUUUCUCAACAGGUUCCAUUAAAUAUAGAAGUUGUUUUUAUACUGAGUACUGUAAUAUGAAAUAAUUAUAUAGAAAUGCUGCCAAUGCUCAUCAGGUCUAAGUUGAGAAAUACUGUCUUCCUUUCUCUGUUUUAAUAGGGGUUACAUUUUUUAAGACUAGACUUUACUAACUUUAAAAGUGCCACACUAGUUUUUAGUAUUAAAAAAAAAAUUGCCAGAUAUUUUAGAGCUUUAAGUUAUUAUCCAGUUUCGGUAAUAGCUUUUUUUUUCUUUUUUUUUUUUGUUAACUUAGUAAUAUGAUAAAAUCAAUAGUAUUUUCAGUAUUGCUAUUUUGCGUUGUGAUUUAGUGAAAAAUUUUAGUACAUGAGAUGAGGUUGUUCUACAAUUGAUUUAUCUUCACUACAAAGCAGUGAUUAUUUUCUAUAUUUUCUUUAGUCUAAAGGUUGUAAUUUUAAAAAAUUUGUUUGUUGUUGUUUUUUUAUUCUUACCAUUGACUUCCAUAGUCUUUUAUAUGUUAUGAGAUGCAUGAAGUUGGCACUUGUAUCAGCUCUAUACAUGAACAUCACCAUUGAAUAUGGGUUGUAAAGAUAUUCUGAUCAAAGUUUUAGUUUUGUUCAAUCAGCAUUCAAUAACUUAAUAAACACAGUAUAUAUUUCUCUUUGUUUGAAAAUUUCAGGAUAAGAAAUGCUAGUUUUAAAAAAUUUAUUACUUGUCUGACAAUGUUAUUUUACACAAACCUUUUUGGAAAUAUCCUUACAAUAUUAUAUGGUUAAAUUAUCUCAACAAAAAUUGUCUUGAAGAAAAAUUAGAUUAAAAUUACAACUUUGUAGAAUUUGCAGGUGAAGAAAACCCAUAGGUAAAAUUCUCUAAUGAUGUAGUAGAAGUAAAUCAAAGCAGAGAAUUAAAAAAAAAUUUUUUUUUUAAAUCUUAUUCUUACAGUGCAAAUUAUUUCCUAUUACUCUUUUGUAUACAUGGUCAAAAGGAUAUUUCCUUAAGUUUAAUAUCAAUAUUGUCUCAAGUGUAACACUCAACUAACCUACAAAUUACUGACAUUUCUAGAAAUAAUUUAUACAAUAUGUACCCACAACUGUGAAUGUAACUUACAUAGAAGUGCUCAUGUAAAAUUGCUUCUUUCCAUGGCCCCUUUCCUCUCCUUUAAUUCCACCCAGAUUUUUUAAAAAUGAUAUAGAUGUUUCACACUUAUACAUUUUAAUAGAAGGUUCUUUAAAAAAAGAAGUAAAAUGUUUUCCCCUUCUGUUUACUAAAUAAUCUUGAUAUGGUUUUUAGAGACUGAAGCCUCACUUAAAAUCAGUUAAUUCAGUAAUUUGCUUUGUUUCAAGCAAGAUGUUUUUCUCAUGCAGUUUCAUUUUUGGUGUCAGAGUGAGAGAAGUGUUUGAUUAUAACAUUAUAUAAGACAUUUGCUUUUAUAAUCAUACAAAAAUAGUGGGUUUUUUUAAUAUUAGCUAGAGUGAUCUAGGCCUAGAAUGCUUGUCAAGUAUUUGGAAAAAAAAUCUUAUAAUUUUGAUAAAAGGUGAUUUUCAUGGCUGUCAAGUUGUCCUGUUUUAUCUCCCUUUUAAUUUAAUAUAUAUACAUAAUAAUAUAUUAAUCUGCAUUAUUAGAAUGUUUUAAAACAACUACCGUUCAUGCUCAUGCAUAAUUCAACCUACAGUAUGUAUUGUAUGUAAUUAACCUUUGUUUGACCUGUGAAUUACGAAUGAAAGAACUAUGUACUGCA